UGAUACCAGUGUCAACCGUGUCUCGCAAAACAUAAUGCACAGCAAGGAAGGAGUCAGGUUUUGAAUUACGUCUGUUCAUUUCCAAAGUGUAAACACUAUCCCUGUGGAAUACCCACAACACCGGAUCACAUAUACCGUGGGGUCAUGCACACGUGGAUUUACAAUAAAUACAGCGAGAAGAACACCAGUACGAGAUGAAAACUCCGAUCACAACAACGUGAUGAAAAUGUGUUUCAGCUAAGCGAAGUGGAUCGUCAACUUUCAGUUCGUUCAAUCUGACUAAGAUGGAUGUCAUGAAAUGGAUUAGGAUGACCAAUCUGUACAUGUGUGCACUGCUGUUGGUGGUUUAUAGCCUAGUCCACAAUGUUGACUGUGACAUAAUCUGUCUUGUCGAUAUUAGACCGAUACUUUUCCUGGUCAUCCAUAUAAAAAACCUUGUCUGCCGUCUGGGUAUCAACGCAUAUGUCCGCAUAUACAACAGAGCAACGAUUUCGAUAUAUCUCCUCACUUUCCAUUUGCUUCUUGUUGUUUGUUCUUUACUUUGGUUGUACAUCAUGCCCAGAGUUAUAUCAGUCCUGGACCAUCAUAUUGUAGAAUCACCUCAUCAGCGAUUUUUCUUUUUUAAUCAUACAAAAUACACUGCACGUCAUGAUGACUUCACUAAGUUUAUAUACACUUUGAGGGGAUUCCAAGGUGAGGACACGGAAAUGACAUGCCAGUACCCAUUUAAUGGUGGACAGCCUUUGUGGCUAUUAGAUGGAGAACAACUGGUGAACUCCCGGCGCUAUGACAUAUUUUGGCGAAACAGUACAGAAUACAGAACACGUGUUUUGAGAAUACGUCUCCUUACACACAGAGACUUUGGUACAUAUUCACUUGUUGUAAAUCAUUGGAAUAAAACAGCAGAGGAUCUUGUGCGAAGGGGGGAGGUGCAGCUUCGAAACAAGUUUACUCUGUAUUCUGCUGUAUGUGAAUAUAUACUUAUAGAAGAUUUGCCACAGGUGGAAACAAUUAUGGUACCUCAUGGUGGAAUUUUCAAAGUAAGAUUUUCUUAUAGUUCCUCCUCCGAAUAUAUAUAUGUUGACAAGGCUAUAAAUGGGAAGCCACUGGAACUAGUUUGUGAUGAGGACCAAGGUUCGUGGCUGAUGUAUAUAUAUAUUACGUAUAUCCUUGGACAAAAAGAAUUGACAUAUUUUAGUUCUACAGAAAUCCCUCUGAAUACAGCAUUGUUUUCCCACAAUGUAUUAUUUUCCCAUUCUGGGAUCCAUAUGUGUCCCAAGGCAUUUGGAAAUCUGUCAGUGUCAUAUUUCCGGAGAAUAUUCAAUCUUAAAAAAAGAAGAUUUGAGCUGAUAGAAAUAGAGGAUGCCCAGUCUUAUAUCAUAGCGCCUUCGCGAUCACCAUUUCUGGACUUGAUAAUUGAUGUUUUAGGUUGGGCUAAACCUACGGCUGGCUAUACUACGAUGAAUGAAUAUACACUUCAGGAGAUGUCCCUGUACAAUCGUGCUAUUGAAUUAUAUGUGUUCAUUUUCUUGGGUUUUUUUUGCCUCAUACUGGUUUUCCUCAUUGUGUUUUGUGCUGGGCUUAUCGUUAUCACUUUGUGCUUUCUUAAACGUCAGAGAUCACGACAAUCACGUAGAUAUAAUCAAACAUGUACAUAUAUUGUGUGCUGUGAAGAGGACACCCGGUGGUCUGUAGGGAUAAUUGAUUCAGUGAUCACAGAGAAAGGUGAUACUACCUACAUACACAACAGGGACACCCACCCUGGUCAGACAGAACUGGGAGGCAUCGGGGCAGGGAUGAGGAAGUGUCCGACGUUUGUCAUCGUGGUGUCAGAGUUUGCUGUGGAGGACCCGAUGUGGCAGCACCAGGUGGACGUCAUUCUGUACAGGCUUGUGAGGAGAGAAGUACCAGUCUACAAUGUUCUGUUUGUGAGACUUGAUGGUGCUCGUUACCCAGCAGCGGCGGAUGUGAUUCAUGGGCGGAACGUAACAAUCAUUGACUGGGAGGAAAGGAGCAUGCAGGAGCAGUAUGUUCAGGCUAGGUGUGAUGAAGUCAGGUGUUGGGUAUUGGCAUCUGAUCCUAACCUGUAUUUGACCAAUGGUUAACCAGCUAUCUGACGGCUGAAUCGGAUAAUGUUUCUGACAUUUCACAUUUCACAAAUGUACAUACUAGGCCGUAUUGCGAUACGUAUCACAGUAGGUAGAAAGUUGCCGCGUCGUGAAGACAAAGGGAACAAUACCCAAGAACAAUAGUGAACAAUAGAAGUAGGUCAACCCUCAACCCUCACCCAACUUUCAUGACCUUGAAAGGAACAAUAGAAGUAGAUCAACCCUCAUCCCUCAUGGCCUUGUACCCGAUGACCUUGACCUUGUACCAAGGUGAACUGAGCAUCUUCUUGUAUGUCGCAACACCAAGUGAAUGAAUAGAACAGCUAUUGCUUUUGUUCGUCAAUGUAUCUGUAUAUAACAGACAACCAAUCAUUAAAAUAGUAAACUUUGCAAGUCGAACAUUCAUGUUCACUAGUUAUUACAGUAAUGUCUGUAUCAUCCACUUUAGAACAGAAACACACUAUCCCAGUUCGACUGCUGUGCUUUAGCAAAAAAAAACAUUCCACCCUGUCCAAAACUGAAACCUUCCUUCUCUUUUGUCAGGUAGUUCGGCAAAAAAGUCUAGCCUCGCCUCUGGUAGUGAACUCAUCUUCUUUUUUAAUCAUAAUCGCACCCUCUCUUUUACCAAUCACACCUACAAUGUUAAUAUACUAUUUUUAAAAAGUAGGGGAUAUUUCAUUUUGCGAUCAUACUUGUAACAAAUGCAAAUGAAUACGAGACAAAGUAAUAUAGAUCCUUACAGAGGAAACAUUUCCAGUGAAAUUCGGCCCCCAAACACAACAAUGGCAACCCCAGGAUCUGCACGUGAUGCUAGUGAUGAUCAUGGGGGUUGAACACCAGAUUUUCACGACUUUGAAUUUGAAGGUUAUACCCAUUGUGGAAGGAAAUUUGAAUGUGGAAACAUCAGUUUAAUUGUUUUGGAACUCAGUUACCAAAAGGGUGACAUGCGCCGACUUACACAAAAUGAAAGGUUACGUGCCCUUGGCAUGCUACAGGUUGGCACAACACAGACCGUUGUGGCACGGACGAUGAACGUUUCACAGUCUGUCAUUAGCAGAUUAUGGUCCAGAUAUCGUGCUACACAUUCUGUUAACGAUAGACGACGCUCGGGUCGACCAAGGGCGACAACUCAUGCACAGGAUCGAUUUAUCCGUACUUUAGCCUUGAGAUAACGGCUAGUCAGAUUAGAGCUCGACUACAAGCAGACACUGGUGUGAGAGUGAGUGCCCAGACGAUCAGAAAUCGACUGCACAGAGGUCAUUUACACGCCCGACGUCCUCGCGUCAUUCCAUGUUUGAGAGAUCAUCACAUUAGGGCAAGACGCCGUUGGUGUCGGGAUCGUCAACACUGGGAUAAUCGACGUUGGAACAAUGUAAUGUUUUCAGAUGAGUCGAGGUUCACUGUGGACUUCCUGGACAGGCGUAGGAGGGUGUGGCGUCGACGAAACGAACGUUUCCAUGAUGUUAACGUCAUUAGACAUGGUCAAUUUUGGGGUGGAUCUGUAAUGGUGUGGGGAGGCAUCACUGCUGCUGGAAGAACGGACUUACAUGUUGUUGCCGGACGUGUCACAGGCUAGUACUACCGGGACAACAUCUUGGCAGCCCAUGUUGUGCCGUUUGCACGUCGUCAUGGCCGCCGUUUCAUCUUCCAGGAUGACAAUGCAAGAUGUCACAGGGCCAGGAUUGUUUCAGAUUACCUCCAACAGCAGCAUAUCACCACAUUACCAUGGCCAGCGCUGAGUCCGGACCUGCCCCCCAUCGAGCAUGUCUGGGACAUGUUUGGACAGCAGUUACGUCAGCGUCAACAACGUCCUACCACUGUCCAAGAACUUGGUGCUGCGUUGCAACAGGAGUGGAAUAACCUUGACCAAAAUGACGUGGGACGCCUCGUAAGGAGUAUGCCACGUCGUAUCCGUGCCUGUCUAGCCAACAGAGGGGGGUUUACCCGUUAUUGACUUUGCUUUCAUGUCAUGGCAACUUUGCUGUUUGACCCUGGGUUUGGUUUUGCCCUUAGUAUGGAAAAUCUGUGCUUCACCGGCAGUACCAAAGGUGUGGAAUAAAUUGACAAAUGUUCCCUUAAUGUCCUUUCGUCAUUUGUUUCCUCUUUGGGUUCACAAUUUCCGUGUCAUAUAUCUUGUAAAUCCAAUAUCCCCUACUUUUUUUAAUAAUAUAUAUAGUCGCUCUCCAGAGACCACUUCCCAUGCUCUAUCCACGGAUCAUCUGUACUUUUCAAUCCCUUCAGGUGAAUCUUGCAUUUAACACAGACACAGGUGUCUCCUCUGUUUUCACAGACACAGGUGUCUCCUGUGUUUUCAUAGGUAAACCCUGCAUGAGCCAUGUAUUUAGCUUUUUGUUUCAUCUGUAAAGGCCAGUUCGGUGUAAAACUAGACAACCGUGUUUCACAUUUGCUCCAAUCUGUUUCAGGUGUUCGUGAUUUGAAACCCACGCUGUCUGUGUAAAGAUCCAUCUUUUCUAUGUGUUGUCUUAUUCCUACUAUCUGCGCAAAAAUGGUACAAACUUUUAAACUCAGGCUUCUUAAAUUACUAACUUCAAGUUACUUUAUGAAAUGACAUGUCUUAGACCAAUCGCUGUAAAUGUUAUUUCUAGUUUGAAUGCAUAACUACCAAAUCAGAUUUUAUGAUUCAAAUGUUCUAUCCAUUAUUCAAUCAUAUUUCAUGUUUCAUAUAGUUAUGAAGAUUGGUUUUUCCAUCCCUUAUACUGCACUCGACAUUAAGAUUCACUCACUAUCGGUCGUUCCACAUUGACUACACCACCUAUCCCCGCAAACACGGCCACACAGUCUCCCGAGCGGUUCGUAUUUUUCUAUACAAUGUUCUCUCCUUUCAGUCAGCAUUAUCUUACAAGCUGAUGAUAUGUCAUUUAAACGUGCUGACAGCACAGCAAAUUUUAAACUGUUCAAUCCCCCUUGAACAGAAAACACUUGGAAAACGUGUUAGACAUUCUCAGCUACAUUCUGGUGGAAAUGAAUUGAUUAUUUUGAAUCAUGAAGAACAUGUUAAAUUUCUACACAUGGAAAAACGUUCAUCGUACCGACGAUCUUCUCAAUGAAACUGUGAUGACGCAGUCAUCUGAAUGGUUUCAAGACCGCCAACAAUGUAUUGAAGACGCAAAAACAAAAUAUCAUGACGAAGGCAAGUCGACUAAACGCAUUAUUAUCUAGAAAAUACGGCCACUUCCUAUCGUAGUUGGGGGGCACGGGUGGCCCAGUCGUCUAAGGCGCCGCGAUUCGCUGCGCAGAGUUGCGUCCCUUAGGCACGCCAGAAACCUAUGAUUGUGGGUUCGAAUCCCG